CCCCGGUGACCCCCGCCGUCCCCUCGGUGUCCCCCCGCUGUCCCCCCGCCGUCCCCUCCCCUCGUGAGGGCAGCGCCGCCGCCAUUACCUGCAGCUCGGCCCUCUCCGCUUCCCAGCGCCCUUUCUCCGCCUCGAAGCGCGCCCACUCGUGCUGGAUGAAGUGCAGGAUGCCCGGCAGGCUGAGGCCGCGCCGCCGCGUGGUCACCGCGGGCAUCGCAGCACCACGAGGCCGACCGCAGCCACGCCUCCGAAUUAACUAAUUGCCCCUUCCAAUUAACUAAUUAACCGCUUAAUUAACGAAUUCCUUAACCCACGCCAUGAGGAUCACCCCCUGCCAGGCCGCCCUGGCCGCCGCCAUCGCCCUGAACCUCCUGCUGCUGCUCUGCUCGCGCCUCCUCCCCGGCGCGUCCCCGCCGUGCCGCCAUCCCCGGCGCGUCCCCGACGGCGUCCCCGGCGUCACCGUCAUCCUCCGCGACUUCGACGGCCCCGACCACGACGUGGCCGCCACCGCCCGCUCCUUCGCCGCCCUGCCCGGCGUGGCCGUGCUGGUGGCCGCCGAGGUGGCGCCGUACCCGCCGGCGCCGCUGCCCGCCGGCGUGGCCGUGCUGUCGCUGCGGCCGGAGCCUCACCGGCCGCCGCCGCGCCCGGAGCUGGCCGUGCGGACGCGCCACGUGGCCCUGGUGCCGGACGGCGCCCGCGCGGCGCCCGGCCUGCUGCGGCGCAUGAGGGACGCCCUGGAGGCCGCCUCGGACGCCGGCACCAAGGUGGUGGCGGCGGCCGUGGGGCCGCGGCGGCCGCAGUGCUUGACCUUGGAGGUGGACAUCAAGGCGUGGACGGCGCGCUACGGCCGCGCCGAGCCGCGCGGCGACGACCGGAGCGACCGGCACGGCGACGGGCUGGGCGAGCCGUGCGGCGCGCUGGACGGAGCGCCGGCCGUGCUGCUGCUGCGGACGCGCGACCUCUUCUCGCUGCCCUUCCCGCUGACGCGGCCCGUGGCGGCCUCGCUGUCCCUGCAGGCGGCCGCGCGGGGCUGGCGCCUGCUGCUGCUGCCGGCCGCCUUCCCGCUGGCGCCGCGGCCGCCGCCGUCGCCCCACGCGCAGUGGCGGGCGCGGAGCGCGCAGGAGGCCCGGCGCCGGGCGCUGCUGGAGCUCUUCGGGCUGAAGCUGGAGGUGCUGCCGGACGGCGCCCGGCGCUGGCACGGCUGCGCCAAGGACACGCCGCGCUGCUUCGGCACGGUGCGCGGGCAGACCCCCGAGUACCUGCUGGCCGGGCGCUGGACGCCGCCGUGCUGCCUGCGGGCGCUGCGGGCCACCGCCCGCCACGUGCUGGCCCAGCUGGAGGCGGCCGGCGUGCGGCACUGGCUGGAAGGGGGGUCCCUGCUCGGCGCCGUGCGCCUCGGCGACCUCAUCCCCUGGGACUACGACGUGGACGUGGGGCUCUACCGCGACGACGUCCCCAAGUGCCGCUGGCUGCGGCGGGUGGCGGCCACGGGCCGGCCGGUGGAGGACCCGCAGGGCUUCCUGUGGGAGAAGGCGGCCGAGGGCGAGUUCUUCCGCGUCCACUUCAGCCGCGCCAACCGGCUGCACGUGGACCUGUGGCCCUUCUACGCGCGGCCCGGCACGGCCGUCAUGACCAAGGACACGUGGCUGGGCCACCGGCAGGACGUGGAGUUCCCCGAGCGCUUCCUGGUGCCCCUGGGCACGGUGGCCUUCGCCGGGGUGACGGCCAAGGCGCCCAACGACCCCCGCGGCUUCCUGGAGCUCAAAUUCGGGCCCGGGGCCAUCGAGAACCCCGAGUACCCCAACCCCGAGGUCAGGAGGCUGGCACAGGACGUGGGCAAUAAAACCGCACGGUGACAUCUCUGAUUGUCCCCAGUGCCACCCCCGAGUGCCCCAACCCCGAGGUCGGGAGGCUGGCACAGGACGUGGGCAAUAAAACCGCACGGUGA